AUGGCAUUAGAACAAUCAUUAGCUAGUUUAUCGUUGGCUAUCACUUCUGAUAGUAAUGCUUUAGAUACUAAAACUUUAAUUUUCAAACCAAAAACUGGUAAAACUGCUACUCCAAUUCCAAUUUUAUUAUUUGCUUUACACCAAACUUCAACACCAUCAAAUUUAAUUGCGAAAAUUGCAAAUGUUAAAGAACCAAGAUUAGCGAAAGAUGAUUUAAUACAAGAUUUCUUUAAAACAACGUCCAAAGAAAUUUCAAUUGCAAAUAUAUCAAAUGAUUUAAAAGAUAAAAUAAAAAUUUUAUUAGAUUUAAAUGUUAUAAAAGCUGCAAAUGAAAAUAAAAAUUUAAAAUUAUCAACUCAGUCAUCAGUUGCUGUAUUAUCAGCCAAAUCAAUUGUUGACUAUUUAAAAUCGCUUGAAAUUGAAUUAAUUGAAGUUGAUUUUAAUGAUCAAUCAGAAAUUUCUCAACAAGCCGAAAAAUCUGAAAAAUCUGAAAAACAAGAAAAAGUUAAAGAAUCAGCUAAAUUAGAUGAUGCUAAAUUAAUAGGUAUAACGGUUGAUAAAGAAAAAGAUUUUUCAACUUGGUAUACUCAAGUUGUUACAAAAGGUGAAAUGUUGGAUUAUUACGAUGUUUCAGGUUGUUAUAUUCUUAGACCAAAUUCUUAUUUAGUUUGGGAAACAAUUCAAGAUUGGUUUAAUACUAGAAUUAAAAAAUUGGGUGUUAAAAAUGCUUAUUUCCCAAUGUUUGUUUCUCAAAGAGUUUUAGAAAAAGAAAAAGAUCAUAUUGAAGGUUUUGCUCCUGAAGUUGCAUGGGUUACAAGAGCUGGUAAUUCAGAAUUGGAUGAACAUAUUGCUAUUAGACCAACAUCAGAAACUGUCAUGUAUCCAUAUUAUGCUAAGUGGAUUAGAUCUCAUAGAGAUUUACCUUUAAAAUUAAAUCAAUGGAAUUCAGUUGUUAGAUGGGAAUUUAAACAUCCACAACCAUUCUUAAGAACAAGAGAAUUCUUAUGGCAAGAAGGUCAUACUGCUCAUUUAACUAAAGAAGCAGCAGAAGAAGAAGUUUUACAAAUUUUAGAUUUUUAUGCUGGUGUUUAUGAAGAAUUAUUAGCUGUUCCUGUUGUUAAAGGUAAAAAAACCGAAAAUGAAAAAUUUGCAGGUGGUGAUUGGACAAGUACUGUUGAAGGUUUUAUAGCCUCUACUGGUAGAGGUAUUCAAGGUGGUACAUCACAUCAUUUAGGUCAAAAUUUUUCAAAAAUGUUUAAUAUCUCAGUUGAAAAUCCAAAUGGUAGCGAUGAUAGAAUUUUUGCUUACCAAAAUUCAUGGGGUUUAUCUACAAGAGUAAUUGGUGUCAUGAUUAUGACUCAUUCUGAUAACAAAGGUUUAGUUUUACCUCCAAGAGUUGCACAAUAUCAAUGUGUUAUAAUUCCAGUUGGUGUAACUUCAAAAACUAGUGAUGAUGAUAGAGAAAAAAUUAAGAAUGGUGUUUUAGAUAUCGAACAUAAAUUGGAAAAAUUGGGUGUUAGAGUUACAAGUGAUUUAAGAGAUACUUAUAAUCCAGGUUGGAAAUUCGCUGAUUGGGAAUUAAAAGGUGUUCCAUUUAGAAUAGAAUUUGGUCCAAAGGAUUUAGCAAGUCAACAAGUUACAGUUGUUAGAAGAAAUGACAAUAAGAAAUAUACUGUUGGAUUAUCACAAUUGGAUGAAAUUCCAAAAUUAUUAGAUAUAAUGCAUGAUGAUUUAUAUAGAAAAGCUAAAAAAGAUUUUGAUGAUCAUAGAGUCUUGGUUGAAGAAUGGAAAGAUUUUGUUCCAACAUUAAAUAAAAAGAAUGUUAUUUUAUCACCAUGGUGUGGUUCUAAUGAAUGUGAAGAUGAUAUUAAAGAUUCAUCAGCUAAAAAAGAUGAUGGUGAAGAUGAAGAAGAAGAUGAAAAAGCUCCAUCAAUGGGUGCUAAAUCUUUAUGUAUUCCAUUUGAACAACCAGAUUUGAAAGAAGGUCAAAAAUGUGUCAAAUGUGGUGAGAAGGCAGUUACUUAUUGUAUGUUUGGUAGAUCUUACUAG